CGCUCGCGCGUGUUUUCGCUUAUUGUUCCGUCCGUGCGAUGGUCUUCAAUUUGAUAAAGUUACGAAAAUUUCGCUUCUUUCUGUUUUCCCUUGUGUUUAGUUUUUGUGCAAUUUAACCUCAGGACUUGGAUUACUGUGCUACAUCGCAGGACGGAGCUCAAAUAAGCAGUAGCUACAGAAAGUGAGGGCAUCUACGCAGAAGGUACAUUAGCGCUGAUUUUGCGCCUAAGUCGCUACAUCGGAGUAGCGCCGCUUAGCGCGGGUCGAGCGGGGGCUGGUUGGCGCUUCAAAGUGUCACCGACACUCGCUGCUAUACAGGCCGUUGCCAUGACAACUAUCAGCAUCAUAUCAAUAACGAGUAUAGUUCUAGAAGUACACCAAGAUCCCGAUGAGCGUGUUCACGUUGGGAACAAUACGAUGCAGUUGAGUGUGUGGAAUCGCCGAAUCAGUUAUGACUCUGCUCAUAGGCAGUCUGGCUAUCUAUAGGGGUCAGGCACAAAUGAAGACCUUGAAACGCGUUCUGGAUCAACUGGAAAGGGUCUAUUUCGACCUCAAGGUAAGCGCUCCGUCCACUACGAAGGUGCAAGUCAAAAAUGUUGCGAUGGUCAUCGUGCUUCUCUGGAUGGCGUCAGUUGUGUUGAUGGAAUUCGUCUCGUAUUACAUGAAAGCAACGUCGAAAGGAGACACAAUGUGGACGCUGAACCUAUGUUUCGGAGUCCGUUACAUCACAGACCUUCAGGGUAUGAUGGCGGUGGUGAAAUGGACCUGCACGGUGUUGCCUGUGUAUGAGGGCGCCACUGCGCUCAAUCAACAUCUGAUCAGACUACGACAUGUAUCAGAAUUAUCAAUCCUACCUGGCGAUAUAAGCUUAAAGAAAUCAGAAGCAUUAGCGUCUUCAGUUCUGCGUCUCGCUCGCUCCUACGAGCGUAUGAGCGACAUCAUGAGACAGAUGGGCGACGCCAACGGCUUGUUCCUGAUGGCUGUACUCACGUCCACGUUCCUGAGACUUGUGAUCACUCCGUACUACAUGCUGUAUCUGAACGAGGUCCACGGAUUGACAUUGUCAAUAAACUGGAUGAUCAUCCACUUGGUGGUCCUGAUGCUAACUAUAGAGCCCUGCGAAUGGACGCAUGCGCAGAGGCAGCACACAGCGUUAUUACUGAGCCAGCUGAUCGUCCAGCAGUCUCCGAACGACGAGCAGCUGUCCAGGCAGCUGGAGCAGUUCGCGGACCAGCUGAUGAUGAGCAGCACCCAGUUCUCCAGCCUCGGGAUAUACACACUGGAUCGGAAGCUCACAGCUGCGAUUCUCGGUGGCGUCACAACGUACUUGGUGAUUAUAAUACAAUUUCAAACAACUUGAAAUUAGAGACAAGGAAAACUACCUACAAGCUUCUGUGCCCUAAUAAGAGUAUGAAAGAUAUAGAGAAAACGCAAACAAAUGGAAUAUUGGUAAUAUCUGACAGUGUCUCUUUCUAGCAAAUAUUCACAAAUCACACAAAGGAUUUUUGUAGUUAAAACUAUAAGCAUGA